AGGGAUGGGAGGCUGUAGUCCUUAAAGAUGAGGGCUCUGCAGUGUAUCUCUCAUUCAUUCGCUGACUCCCAGCGUAGAUAGUCACAAGGCUUGUAGUGAUGAACAGUCUCUGGCUUCAUGUAUGCAGCAUCCGUGUGCACGGGCAAGUUUCCGCCAGAUUGUGUCAUCCCAUUACCAUGCCAGAGGAGUGUUCAUUACAGAAUCAGUGAUUUGUUAAUUCGCCAAUCAACGGAUGUGUCUUGAAAAAAGUCAAUAGCUUUUUAAGUGGUGUUUGAAAAUCAUUCAUGUAAAUCAAAUCCAGGUGAAUAUUUAUAAAGUUAGAGAAUUUUCAUGCUCAUGGAAACAGUGUAAUGAACAUUUGCGGUACCAGUGUUAAUCUAAUCAAGCUGGGCUAUCAAUGAUAUCAAACAGACAUCAACCAGCCAGUUCGCAGGACUCGGGCUAUCUCAAGCAGCAAUUAGACGCUUCUCCCAGUAUAACCAGGGUUGUAUUGUAGCAUUGAGCCCUUGAUUAUUAUGAAAAGCAAGGAUAACAUCUUCAGCAUCUGAUCAUCCCAGCAGAAAAAGAUGGUCCAUCUAACAGUUUAAGUGUCACUGCUUCAAUUGGAUACAGGUUUGCAUGGAAAUUACAAAUUGUCAUUAGAAGGAAGACUGCUUCCAUAGCCUGGUCUCGGCUUCAAUCUGGGAUGGAAAAGACAGGAAUAUUUCAUUUUGGAUUAUAAAGCUGAGUAAAUACCAACACUUCUGUGAUGUACAGAAUGAAUGGUAGUCAUGGAAGUAACGAUUGGAACCAGACAAGAGUUGCAUAUCUGACAUGGAAUUUAACAGAAAGUAAUCUGACUCAAGUUGCGGAGGAACCCAGCCUAAGAUGGGGUAUCUUCGGGCUCCUCGUCAUCAUACUGUUUUCAGCAAUGGGCAACCUGUUGGUGUGUCUAGCCGUGUGCUGGGAGCGACGCCUCCAGAACAUGACCAACUAUUUCCUCAUGUCGUUGGCCAUCGCCGAUUUCCUCGUCUCUCUACUUGUCAUGCCUCUUGGCAUGAUUGUCGAGCUUUAUGGUCUGUUUCCAUUGGACCCUGAGCUUUGUGUGUUGUGGGUGACCAGUGAUGUGCUGAUGUGCACUGCUUCCAUCUGGCACAUGUGCACGAUGUCCAUGGAUCGUUUCUUCACGCUGAAAUACCCCAUGAGAUAUGGCCGAAAUAAGACCAAGACUAUGGUGCUAAUGAAGAUAUUUUUUGUGUGGGUUGUGUCCAUUGCAGUGAGCAGCCCUAUCUGUAUACAUGGAUUUAUCGACACCUCUGUAGUCUAUCACGACGGAUUGUGUGUGCCCACACUGAAAAACUUUGUAAUUUAUGGCUCAAUCUUUGCUUUCUACAUUCCCCUUUUAAUUAUGAUUGCAACAUAUGUGUUGACAAUUCGAAUUUUGUGGAAAAAUCAGCGUCUGAUGAAGAGAAUAGAAAGAUCAGACAUGCGUCCCCGCCUUACCCAUUUAAAUCAGGAUUACAAUCUAUCAAUCCCGCGUCUGCUGACAUCAUCCCAUGAUGCAUCUGCUUCAAGGCGUGUCAGUUUCCCUGACAGCUUCAAGUUCAAUACCUCAUACCUAAUGCCUCCAAGACGUUCCAUGCCUAAACCAACUCAGUCUUCCAGCCCCACUCAGAGUCCUGAAGCUUCAGAGACAGAGGAUGAUGAACUGGACCCCAAAAGCUCCACACAGCUCCUGGAUAAAAGAUCCCAGUCCUACAAGUCCCUUUGCCGCCAUGGAGAAGACAACCUCAUGCUCAGAUCUCGUUCUAAGGAAUCAAUCUACAACCCUUCAUUUGAGGCUUCUGAUGAUGAAAGUAUCAUGGACAGAACAGAGAUGAAAAUUAGAUGUACCAGGAACUUUUUACAAGUUCCAUCUCUGCCGUUUAGUCGACAAGGUCGAGGACAUGCUCUUUAUAAUGCUGUAUCGGACACCAAACUGGAUUGUCAUAGCAAACCUAGUUCUCAACCAAGGGCACCAUUUCAUCACAGUGCCACAGGACUGGAUAAUUCUGUGGAUUACAAAACACGGGAGUGGGAUAAGAGGUUUUUCCAGAUCCAACAGGAAAUGGAUCAGUGUCUCCAGGAUGCAGAAAAGGAGAAAUUCCGGAGAACCGACAAACCAGAGCUAAUAUUCUGUGAGGAUUUUGUUCGUUAUUCCCUUAAACCUUUGUGUCACUCUGCUCCCAAUACCCCUUUGAGGUCAGGAUUCAUAUCAGACUCAGGGGAUUCACUCGAUGACAAGGAUACUAAAUCUACAUCGUCAAGUUCAGAUAUUAUAACUAUACACUUGACAUCACCUAAAAAAUCCAAAACUUCUAGCCCCAAAAGCCUAACACCAAGAAGCCAAAGUCCACUAUCCCUUCAAAGCCCCAAUGGCGGGCUACCCCAAGAUAUGAUCAGUAAUCCUCCUACGGAUCUACUUUCUCCUGAGGAGGAACACAUAAUGAGUGAAUCAGGUGACAACAGCGCAGCUGAGAGUGACGACCAGCAAGGAAUGAGACUAAAACAGCGGAAUAAAUUUAAGAAAAGUUUCAGAAACACCCUUCGUAUGAAAACACGACCAGUGAUAAAGCACCUUUUAUCAAAGAAGACAGCCACAAAUGAGAGAAAAGCUUCUAAGGUUCUAGGGAUCAUAUUUUUAGUGUUUGUGUUCUUGUGGACACCAUUCUUUAUCGUGAAUAUACUGUCUGUGACGUGUGAGCCUUGCAUGGAGAAAGUGACAGCCACCAUGAUGUCUGUGUUUCUGUGGAUGGGCUAUGCAGCCUCUCUUGCCAACCCAAUCAUAUACACCAUGUUCAAUACAGCUUUCAGACGGACAUUCAUCCGGAUACUCACAUGUAAGCUGAAAAGACGCACCUCCGUACGCCUCGAGACAGCAUUCAUGAGUUACACCACUAUGAUGAACACUGACAGGAGGAAUACAAUGACUGUUCUUAUUAAAGACGAUUCAAGAUGACUGAGAUAGGAACAUAGGUGUAAGGCUCAAUCAAGGGAUCUCAACAGAUGCUCUACUUAAACUGCUUAUCUUCUUUGUCUAUCAAAAUAAUGCAGGGAUUUAUCUGGGACUGGAAGACAGGUGGCCUUGGAAAUGAAAUGUGCGGUAGGGGGAGUGUGAGAAUUAGAGCGAGUGCGAGACAGAGAGCGAGAGAGUUUAGUUUUACGCCGCUUUUAGCAAUAUUCCAGCAAUAUCACGGCUGGGAACACCAGAAAUGGACUUCACACAUCAAGACAGAGAGAGAAAGAUGAGAAUUGUGUUCAAACUUGGAAUUUCCGUUAAUCAGUAUUUUCUGAACAUCAGAGGCAUUUUACAUUGCAUUAAAUACCAAUUUUUCAUCUUCCUGUUUAUUGAUCCUGCUGCUUGAGAGACAUAAAUCCCUUGCAAAUCCACACCAUUGGUUCACAACUACCAGUAUGAUAGAGUAACAUGAAUUUAAAAUUCCACUUUAGAAACAUUUACUGACAUUUUCCACAAGCGAAUGUCACCUCUGAGACAGUCCAGAUAAAUCCCUAAAGCUUCAAUCAUAAAUGCCAUAAAUAAUCAAAACAUGAAAACUGAAAAACAUGAAAUUCCAACAAUGCUGUAACAACCAGUUAACAAACAUGGAUUUCAAAAUAUUUCCAUCUUAUUAAUCGGUUAUCACAAAUAGCAUGUUCUACAUUUUGAAUAUUUAUGGCAUUAGGACAGAUUUGCAUUUGUGCCAAAAAUUGGUAAAAAUGUUUUCAGAUUUUAAACUGUUUGUGGCUGUAUUGAAAAAUAUCAUUAUUUUUUUCAAGUGUAAAGUAUCUCUUGAAAGUCCUAUUGGUCAAACAAGUUGCUGUUAAAACCUUCUGUUGAUAUGUCAAGUUUCAUUGUUGAUUGAUUCACUUAUAUCCAUUGUGUUUUGUUACAUAUUGUUUAUUGCUAUUUAUUGAAUAUAAUAUACACAAACAAUCACACCAUGUUUACACCACUAUGAAAAUAUAAAUCAUCCAAUGGAACAGUAAAACCUUUCAAUUAAAAUUUUAGUAAAUGUUACCCUGGUUGUUGACCAAAGAUAAUAUUUUUGGAUUAUAGGAACUUUUUUCAUCAAACGUGUUAACAUUGUACAUACUUGGUGGAAUUUCGUUAUUUAACUGAUGUGUACUCAAUAUUGUCUGUUGUAAUUGAACAAUGUGCCAAGUGUAACUCUAUUAAUUAUAUCUUGCAAUUUCAUAAUUGGAAAAAAUAAAUGUAAUUUUUUGUGAAAACAUAUCUGUACCGUUGUGC